AUGACCGAGAAUAGUUUACAACAGCUGGCUGUGGCCCCGCGUCGCGUGGAAACGAGUGGCUGCCAGACGCUGCCAGAUGCAGAAACACAACUCUCGAAAUUUUGCCCGCAGGGCCCCACACACUUCACCCCACCAAAUCCGAACAGACGAAAAUCAACGGCGAGAGAGGAGGCGCACUACAUCAAAUCCUUGACGACUUUUCCAACCUUUGCCAGAAGCCCGAAAGCGCUGCUGCACCCCCUCCCCUCCACGUCCUCUCCCUCUUCAACCCCGAGAGACGCACAGCAGAUCCGGUUUCGUCUCUAA